CAUCCUCCUAUAAAGUCUUCUUCUAAGUAUCGGCUUUAACCUAACUAGUUUCAUCAAUGUCUAUUCCCAACGAUCACACACUGGAGUCCCUGAUGAGAGACCAUUCAUCCAUCGCAAGAGAAGCAAACCUGUUUAAAAUGAAUAAAACUCAGACAAGACUAAGUCUCAAAAUGAUGACCACCAGAGAACGAUGGCGAGUUUACAGGCGCAUUAGCCUCAUGUUCUUCUUGGCCGUAGUGACACUUACCGUCGUCCAGAGAGGAAACAUCAACUCAUUACAAGACUUACAGACAGAAAGCAUUGAGAGACAGACGCGUAUGGAGCUCAUGGCAGAAAACAAUCUACAGGAAAAGGGCCACCAUUUGGCUCCGUUGAACUUCUGGAAGAAUAAGGUGCAAAAAGUGGAGGCCACCACAGAACAUUCCAGAAUCACCCAAGACCAAGGUCCCACAACCUGGGAUAUCACCAAUUCCAACUGCAGCGCCAACCUCAACUUCUCUUCUUCUGAGUGGUUCACGGGGCUGGAACCCAAUUUCAAGCAAUUCCUGCUCUACAGGCACUGCAGAUACUUCCCUAUCCUUAUGAAUCAUCCAGAAAAGUGUGCUGGGGAUAUCGAGUUGUUGAUGGUCAUCAAAUCGGUAAUAACGCAAUAUGAUCGAAGGGAGGUGAUUAGGAAAACCUGGGGCAAAGAGCAGGUGAUAUACGGCAAAAGAAUCAAAACCCUCUUCCUUCUUGGGACGUCUUCCGAUGACAAAGAGAGGGCAAACCACCAGAAGCUUCUGGAAUAUGAGGAUUACAUUUAUGGAGACAUCCUACAAUGGGACUUCAUGGAUAGCUUCUUCAACCUUACCCUCAAGGAGAUCCACUUCCUGAAAUGGUUCGCCACCUACUGUGGCAAAACCCGUUACAUCUUCAAAGGAGAUGAUGAUGUGUUUGUCAGCGUUCCCAACAUCUUGGAGUACCUGGAAGACAGCCAAGACAUGGGCAAACUCUUUGUUGGCGAUGUUCUCUUAAAAGCCAAGCCCAUUCGCAAAAAGGACAACAAGUACUACAUCCCAUAUGCCUUGUAUAAUAAGACCCACUACCCACCAUAUGCUGGUGGAGGUGGUUUCUUGAUGGGCGGCCCUCUUGCACGUAAACUCUACGGAGCGUGUGAAACUCUGGACCUCUAUCCCAUUGAUGAUGUGUUCCUUGGGAUGUGUCUGGAGGUGCUUGCAGUCGCCCCAAUAAAACACAAUGCCUUCAAAACAUUUGGACUGGUCAAGAAUAAAGCCAGUAAGCUGAAUAGGGAGCCAUGCUUUUUUAGGGGCAUGAUAGUGGUACAUAAAUUGCUCCCACCGGAUCUCAUAAACAUGUGGGAACUGGUCAAUAGUGACUUGGUCUGUGCGGAAAAAACUGACAUUUUAUAGUUCAAGACUGAGUCUCUGAACUGAUGAGUAAUCGAAGGAAAGAACAUGAAGAAUGUGCAAGAAGAACUUUGAGGUUACUCAAAUGCAAAGUAUUCCUUUUUUGAGGAGAUUACUGGACUAUAUUUUAACCUAAAUUAUGUACCAAUGAACAGAAAUGUAAUAAUGUGAAUGAUGGUUCUGAUUCGCAAAUUUCGAAUUUCUGUUAAAAUAGUUCUCAAAAUCAUUAUUAUGUAAAUUGUCACAUAAUUUACUCAAGUAUGGUUUUAUGCAGUGUUCAAAUUGUGCUCUUGGGGGUGCCUUUAUGCUGCAUUCACGUCGUGUCGGAAUUACUGUUAUUACAGUAUGACAACACUUGAGAUUCUACUUGGAGCUGUUCGUGUCUUUGGCAAGUUAUUAGUUUCAAUGGCAACACUCAUAACGGCAAAAUGGCGUUGUUGAUAACAGCAAAAUAUCACUACAUUAACUAAUUACCUCUCACCUCUAUAUGUUCUAGCAAAGUUUUUAAAGCACUCCAGGGAACAAUGGCAAACAAAAAUAUGUGUUCACUUCCUUUAACUGUUUUAAUCAACCAUAUUGAUUAUUUUUUACAUGAUGUCACGACUGUCAGUUCUGUGCUUUAAUAGAAUUCAGAGUUUACAACAUGCAAUUGUGAGUUGUACGUAGACAUGAAUGCUUUUUACAAGUCAAAAUCUCGUAAUUACGGUAAUUCCGACAUAACAUGAACGCUUCAUUAAAUGAGGAUCCACUCUAAUAGUUUCACACCUUGACUACACCAAGCACAUCCGUUGACGCUACGCGACGCACUGCAACGGCUUGAGGCUGUCUACACUGGACGCGUCGAUGCGAACAUUCUAAACCAAUUAUUUGUGAUGUGGGCAGUAGUAGAGCCAGCGCAUGCUGCUCAAAAUGGAAGAGGACAGCAGUUUACUGUCGGCGCGAUGGACGGACGCUUCUGGUGUAGACAGCAUCAUUGAUUAUAAUAGGGUUCUAUUGCUUUUCAUGGGACGCGACAUGCCACCCACGUCCUGUGUAGACAGGGUGUCACUCAGCAGCCAUCUGUAAGAUUGAAACAACAUAUAGCAUUUUCCGAUUUUCCAAAAAAUCUAAUUUGGAUUACGAAAAAUAGGUCGGAUAAUAGACAAUAUUGUGUUAUUGCAGGACAAUAAAUUGAAAAACAUUAUAGUUUUAUGUUUUUAGUAUUCUAGUGUCAAUGAAACGCCUUAUGGGGAGGUCCCUUAACUCACCCAUCACCCCCUCAAUUCGAACACUGGUUUUACAGACAAUUUACUCAGAAAUUCAUUCUGCUCACAUUUCAUGAAUGGGGCCCAAUAAGUGCAAAUGUUUAAAGGGUUUGUGGAAUUUAUUCAAACUUUUUCAAGGACAUUAAGGCUUCAGACCCCAAAGUCAAGUGUCGUAAGUUUCAAAAGUAUGUGAUUGUCCAAAAUAGGAGGAAACAUAAUCUCUACCUCACCAAUUUUAUUUCAGCUGCCCCUCUGUGGACGAAUGUUAUCUUAACAUUUGUUUUCAAAGUGCAUUCAGAAAAUGUACCAUGUUACUAGUGAUGCAAUGAUGUACAUCUCUCAAAUUACAUGGCAUUACUUUAUUUACAUACAUUUGAAGGAAUGUAAGUUGAUGUCGUAUGAAGUGUAACAGAUUAUUUGAUUUUCUCAUAGGCUUGCGAUGCGUUUGGUAGAGGGUUUACUUUAAAACUGUGAAACAACAAACUGCUGGUACAUGUAAAUGAUUAAUUAAUUUAUGAAAUUCCUCCUUGGAUUGGGAGGGUGGAGUUUGGUGUAGGUUAUUUAAUUGUACUUUAAGGUUACGUAAAACACUGACAUUUGUAAUCCAGAAUACGUGGUGUGAUUGUGUAAACAACAAAAGGACUGGAAUGAACAAAUUGUGAUGAAAUUUUUUUAGUAUUUGUAAAUAAACCUUUCCUUAAAAAGA